UCCCCUCUCGCUGAGUGCCAGCAUAUAAAAGCAGCGGGGGGCCCAGUGCACGCUCACACAGAGCGCCAGUCGCAGCCCAGAGGCUACUCCUUCACGCACACACUGCCACAGUCGUCAUGUCGGCCGGAGGAGAGAAAUCCAAGUCUGCUUCCCAGACUGACGGGAAGGCGGCUCAGACCAAGAUGUCUGACAUCGGCAUGAUGUCCUACAGGAUGUGGGUGUUCAACCAGGAGAACUUCCAGGGCCGCUGCAUCGAGAUCACCAGCGAGUGCGUGAACGUGUGCGACAUGGGGAUGGAUAAGGUGCGCUCCCUGCGCGUUGAGUGUGGACCCUUUGUGGGUUUUGAGCAGAUGAACUUCUGUGGGGAGAUGUUCAUCCUGGAGAAGGGCGAGUACCCGCGCUGGGACUCCUGGAGCAACUGCCAGAGAAACGACUACCUGCUGUCCUUCAGGCCCGUCCGCAUGGACCCUGAGAAGCACAAGAUCUGCCUGUAUGAGGUCGGAGAGUACAAGGGUCGCAAGAUGGAGAUCAUGGACGACGACGUCCCCAGCCUGUUUUCUUACGGGUUCACGGACAGAGUGGGCAGCAUCUGUGUCAGCUGUGGAACCUGGGUGGGCUACCAGUUCCCCGGCUACCGCGGCAGCCAGUACCUGCUGGAGAAGGGCGACUACAGGCACUUCAACGAGUUCGGCGCCCGCUGUCCCCAGAUGCAGUCCAUCAGGCGCAUCCGCGACAUGCAGUGGCACCCGCACGGCUGCUACACCACGUCGUCCAAGUGAAGCGCGGCGAGGGCGAGGAAGAGAGGCUUCGGAGGGGAGCCGGAGGCCAGGUGUGGGCGAGGAGAUGGAGAGAGCAGCGGAGGAGAGAGGGCAAAGAAGGAGAGGAGGAGGGAGAGGGUGUAAUGGUUUCCCCAAAUCACCAGGAUGAUGGGAUGGAGGGGAAGUGAAGGGCUAUUUAUAGCUGUUGGAACAUGGUGAUCUAGUGACCAAUGAAAGGUUAUUCAAAGAGGAAUUACCCCGGGACCAUAUCCCAUAAUAAAUGCUUUCUCUACUUUAAUUCUCUCUCUUAGCAUCUCAGUUUGUCAGCUCCCUGCCCGCCACUUUCCUCUCCCCUCCCCUGCCUCCCCCUCUCACCCUCACACACCUCUUUUUCACAUCCCACCCGACCCAGAGCUCCACCGAGGGGGGCACCACUAUGGGUUUGUGUGUGUUUCUGUGGCGAGCCAAAGCGGGACGACGGUCUGUCCCCUCAGAUCCUGAAGCUGCUUUGACCUUGAACCAAAUAAAGCAUCUCACAUCCUG